GGGCACAACCCUCGCUUGAGAGCAUGGGUUGGAACAAGGAGGUUCAUGAUGCUGCAAGAAAACAAAUUUGCAAGUUUUGGUACUUUUGCAACAUUCCAUUUAUUGCAGCCAGGUCUCCUUAUUGGCAAGGCAUGGUAGAUUCCAUAACCAUUUGUGGUGCGGGGUUUAAAGCCCCUACUGAUGCUGAGUUAAGUGGCCCCCUCUUCUUACAAAUGGUUGAGGAUAUGAAAGUUGAGCUAGAGGACCACCGACAGUCUUGGAGCCAAAAGGGUUGCACCAUCAUGACAGAUGGUUGGACGGAUAGGAGGAAUAGAACACUCCUAAAUUUUCUUGUUUCCUGCGGUGGUGAUUGAUCAUGAUUCAUUCUAAUUUGUACUUCCUUAAAUGCAUUGAAUAAAUUAAAUUUUGAUUCGUUGAAAGUUUUAAAAUC